CUCAAUUUCCUUCAGGUGACUUGGGAUGUCGGCGUUGAAGACGAUCACCACUCCGUGAGAGUCCUUCAUCAGGGCUGGCCAGCAAGACUCGAACCUGCGUGGGGUGAAGGGCACUGGUGCCAUCACACGGUGACACGGACGGUGUCCUGCCAGGUGCAGAAUGGCUCGGAGACGGUGGUCCAGCGCGUGUACCAGAGCUGCCGGUGGCCCGGCCCCUGCGCGAACCUCGUGAGUUACAGGACUCUGAUCAGACCCACGUACAGAGUGUCCUACCGCACGGUGACGGCGCUGGAAUGGAGGUGCUGCCCUGGCUUUACCGGUAGCAACUGUGAUGAGGAAUGUAUGAACUGUACCCGGCUCAGCGACAUGAGCGAGCGGCUGACCACGCUGGAGGCCAAGGUUCUCCUUCUGGAAGCAGCAGAGCGGCCCUCAGGCCCAGACAAUGACUUGCCGACGCCCCAGAACACCCCACCGCCCUGGAAUGAGGGUCUCCUCCCUGACGCCAUCCCGCUUGCCCACCCCGGGCCCCAGAGGAGAAGGCCCACAGGCCCGGCCGGGCCCCCUGGACAGACGGGACCACCAGGGCCUGCAGGUCCCCCAGGCUCCAAAGGUGACCGUGGUCAGGCAGGAGAAAAGGGCCCAGCGGGGCCUCCUGGCCUCUUGGGGCCGCCAGGGCCCCGUGGGCUUCCUGGAGAAAUGGGGCGCCCUGGCCCCCCCGGCCCCCCUGGCCCGGCAGGCAGCCCGGGCCUCCCUCCAAACGGCCCCCAAGGCGUCCUCUACUCCCUGCAGCCACCGACGGACAAGGACAAUGGAGACGUGCAGCUGGCCUCCGCGGCUGUGGACACAGUGUUGGCGGGCGUCCCGGGGCCCCGGGGUCCCCCUGGCCCCCCAGGUCCCCCUGGACCACACGGCCCCCCUGGCCCCCCGGGUGCACCUGGAUCCCAGGGCCUGGCUGGAGAGCGGGGUGCCACGGGGCCGUCUGGGGAGCCUGGCGGGAAAGGGGAAGAGGAGGAGAAAGCCGCCGCUGAGGGCGAGGGGGUGCAGCAGCUGCGGGAGGCCCUGAAGAUUUUGGCCGAGAGAGUGCUCAUCCUGGAACACAUGAUUGGCAUCCACGAUCCCCAGGCCACCCCUGAGGGGGGCUCUGGCCAGGACGCCGCCCUGAGAGCCAACCUUAAGAUGAAGCGCGGAGGCCCCCCACCCGACGGCUCCCUGGCUGCCCUGCUCGGGCCCGACCCCGGGCAGAGGAGCGCUGGCCGGGCCAGCAGCGGGAAGUAGGAGGCCAGCUCUCCCGGAGGAGCCCCGGCUCCACCAGAGACCCCGCCCCGAGGCCUGUGCUGCCGUCAGCACUGAGGGCACCCCGAAUGGGACUGGGCUCCAGGCCUGCACGACCGUCAGGGACACUGGCUCCCGGGGGCCUUGGGAACAGAUGGCAACGCCAGGGGCCGGGGCCAGAGGGGCCCAGCGCCCCCGGCCGAGCUCUGCCCUGGUCCCUGCCCUCCCCACCCCCACUCCCUGCUGGAGACGGGGUCUGGUGGCUGGGUGGGGCGCGGGAAUCGUCAUAAUACUCGCCAUUUACUGGGUCCCUGAGUCGUCUGGGCCCAUCCGAGGAACUUCCCUACAUUGUCUCAUUUAACCCUUAGGACGUAGGUUUGUUUCUCCCACUUAACUUGGGGGCAGAGGCUGGGAGAGGAUAAAUCACCUGCCCGAGGCCCCUGGACCGUGGAGGACCGGGGCAGGAUUUGAACCCGUGUUCUCUCUACCUGCCAACUCCCCCUCUUCACGGGGACACUCACACAGGGCAGGCGCUGGGCCAGACGGCCCCGGAGGCUCCAGCCGGGAAGGAGGGCAGGCCCUGCCCAGCUCGAGACCCUGGGGGCCCUCCAGCCUCCUUCCUUGACAUCCCUCCCUGGGCUCGGGGGUCUACUUCACAGGUGGGGAGGUGGGCAGCUUGGCCUGUAGCUGCUCUUGAAGGCCAGGGAGACCUUGAAUAAACCCCUGACAGUCAGUCGACUUGGA